AUGGCGCAUCCGAACGUCAUCCUGCGGGACCCCAUCAUGUAUCGGAUAUUGCCAAACACGCCUCAUCCGCGUACUGGCAGUGAGUGGCCGAUUUACCCUUCCUACGACUGGGCCCAUGGACUUUCUGAUGCAAUCGAGGGAGUCACGCAUUCCGUUUGUACGCUGGAAUUCAACAUGCACAACGAACUAUAUGAUUGGUUCAACGAGAAGGUUCUAACCUUGCCAGAGGCACUUCCUGAAUGCCAACCUCCAAGCUCGGCACUCCCGAGGCAACAUGAAUUUGCGCGGCUGGAGAUGACCCAUAUCGUUGUGUCGAAGCGGAAGCUGAAGCGCCUGGUGGAGGGUGGCUAUGUGGACGGUUGGGAUGACCCGCGCAUGCCAACCAUUUCUGGCAUGCGGCGACGAGGGUACCCACCCGCUGCUCUGCGGAAACUCUGCGAGCUCAUUGGCGUGACCAAGGUCCCUACAAGCGUCAUAGAGUACACGCUCCUCGAGAACUGUGUCCGAGACGCACUCCAGGAGCAGGUGUCCGCGAAGCUGCUAUGUGUGCUGCGCCCACUUCCUGUCACCAUCACGAAUUGGCCGGAUGGGCAGGAGGACGAGCUGAUCGAGGUGCCCGGUGACUCGGAUGGGCAGCUGCGACGGAUGUACUUCGGUAAGGAUCUGUUAUUGGAUAUGGAGGACUUUCAGGAAGAGCCGGAGCCAGGCUUCAAGCGUUUGGCGCCAGGCAGACAGGUAAAGCUUCGAUACGGAUAUGUCAUCAAAUGUGACGAGGUGAUCCACUCACCGGACGGUGGUAUCCAGGAGCUUCGCUGCUCCUAUGAUCCCGACUCCCUGGGGAAGAGGCCCCCAAAGAAGGUGGCGGUGGUGCACUGGGCACAUGCCACGAAGUCCACGCCCGUGACUGUCAGGAUGUACGACAAGCUGUUUAGCGAGCCGCGACCAGAGGAGGCAGGUGACUUCCUGGAUGCCCUGAAUCCCAAGUCGUGUGAAGUGCUGGCAUGUGCCGCACUCGGGUUAUGCCGCGCUCGGGGUCUGGAGUCUGGACUGGAAGUCGUCCUUACCAAGACGUGGCGCAACAAAACGUGCCAGACCUUUGCAAUGCGGCUUUGCUUGCUGUCGUAG